AUGUUGAAAAAGAAAAAUGAAAGUCAACUCGGAGAAAAAAGAGUGUUCCAUGGGUCAUUGAACAAAAAUGUAGCUGCUAUUUGUAAGCAAGGGUUUGACUUCAGGCUCGAAGGUCAAGCAUCAGGUCAAGCAUCAGGUCUUGCAUACGGAAAAGGUUGUUACUUUGCGACUGAAUCCGACUACUCUAAUACAUAUACAGAGAAUGGUUCAGACAAAUCAAUGUUUGUUGCAAAAAUAUUGCCAGGAGAAUACGUGCGCGGAAAUUCUUCUUACUGUCGUCCUCCACAUAAAGACACAUCCGAUCAAAGCAGCGACCUAUACGAUUCAUGUGUAGAUGACUACAAUAAUCCAUCGAUCUUCGUGAUAUUUGACAACAACCAGAUAUAUCCAGAGUAUCUGAUUCGAUAUACAAAAAAAGUAGAAAAAGAAUGA